AUGAAUAAUGAAAGAAUCAAAGAGCUUGCAAUGCAUAUUGCAAACAUCAGGGACGAUGAUGACAUUAAACUUGAAUCCCUGCUAGAGGUUGUGAAAAUACUUGAGGAAAGAAUCAUAGGGUAGGAAGUUAUCUUGAAAUUAUUAGAGAUCAAAGGUACUCAAAAACUGCUCAACAGUCUCACUCAUAAUAACUCAAGCAAGAGAAAAUUGGCAGGCAAGCUGCUUUGUGAAUUAGUAUUUUAAAACGAAGCUAAUUAGGAAAAAAUUUGUGAGCUUUGCGAUUUUAACCCUGUUAAUGGCUCUGUUAUGCUGAACUUAACUAUUCCUGCUAAAUUCUAUAAUAGGAUACAAUAAAUUCUGGAAUAAUUGAGAGACCCUCGAAAGCUCCAAGGACUAGCAGAUAGAAAUUAAAAAUUCUGGUCUUAUCCAAAGUUUGAAGCCUCUUAAAUAAACUAGCAAUAAUAAUAGCAACAACUGCAAUAGUAAAAGGUUUAGUAUUAAUAUGGAGAUAAGAGCAGAAGCAACAACAAGUAUAAUAUAGGCACUGGGGGAAUGUAAGGUGAUGAGUAUGAAGAUGAACUUAACCAGAUUAUCAAGUAUGACACAUAGAGGUUUGAUACAUAAUUUCCAGAUCCUGCAGAAUACCUGUUCGGCUUUUUCGUAGUUCCAGCAUAAGUACUGGGAGCGAAUGGCAGUAAUUAUAACUAGGGAAGCUUGAAUUAAUCUGUAAGCUCAAAUAAUAGGAAUUAGUCAUUCGGUAGAAACUCCUCAUCAACUAGAAGGGCUUCUAACAAUAUCAACAAAUAAGUGAAUGCUGGUAGUACUAUUAGUAAGGACAAGCAUAAUACUAUUAUAGUUAAUCCAAGAAGUCAAGGGAGCGAUGCCAAAAACAGCAGCAAAACUAGAACUGAUUCUAGAUAGAACUAAUAUAGUGGUUAGAAAAUAAUUAAUUAAAAUCAAGGCGUUAAAGGCUCAUUCAAUUAGUCAUAAAAAGUUCAUGUCAUUCAAGGUAUGAAGGAACCAAGCAGUCUAAAUGCUUCUCCAGUCAAAAUUAAUUUUAGAGAUUCUGCUAAAGACGGAAGAUAAAAUGUGACUGAAGCGAGUCAAAAAAGUAUAUAGCAAAAAAGCUUAAUAGCAUUCGAAUCUAUGGAAGCUUCCCAGAUUAAAAAGUAAAAAAUCUCUCUUAACUUGAAUUUAGACUUAUGUAAAUUUAGUACGGCAAAUGGCUCAAUCCAAAAUAAUCAACAAUCGUUUUUGAAGUCUGCUGGCAGCGGAUCUGAAUCAGCUACUUAAAUAAUGAAUCAAUUAAAUACUCUAGCCAAGAAGAAAAUGAGCAAUAAUUAUGGAGCUCAUGACAAUGAUUACAUGGUCUAAGAUUCAGGUGGAAAUAAUCAAAAUGUUUUGCAUGUGCCCAGAAGAAAUGGGUUUGGACCGACAAUUCUAGAAACAGAAGAAACUGGGUUUUCAGCUGUUGAGGAAGAAGUUAAAAGUAAUUAAAUGGUAAACAGACCAACAGUUUAUGCUGGAAUGUAGGCGAAGGGAGAUAAGACUACCUCAUAAAAUGAUGGGUCUGAUGCAUACAGUGACCUCAUAAAUAAAUAUGUAGACCAUAGCAUCGAUUCAACUAACGUUAACAUGAUAGAUCAGUUUUAUCACAGCUAAAGCAAUACUUCCUCUAAGAGAAAUAGCAAUGUUCCACCAGUCCAAAACAACAGGAAGCCACAUUCUAAACCAUAGUAAAUUAUUCAUCAUAAUAAUGUUAACAACUUGCAUCUCUCCAAUGAUUCAGCUGGAAAGCUCUUUAUCAGAGAAGACAUUUAACUAUAUCCACUAACUGCUAAGGAGAAAAUUAAAGUUGUUUAGCAGUAAAAUAUGAAUAGUGGCAGAAGUAGCCAGAGAAAUUAAAGUAAUGGCAGCAGCUAAGGAAGUAAUGCUAGCAAACAUCAGAAAAACAAAUUUAGUCAUGACCUUCAAAACCUUAACUUGGUAUCUCAUAAUUACAAUCGCAAUGUACCAUCCCAGUCAGCACUAUCUCAGUCAUAAAUGACCCCAGAGAAUAUGACUCGUCAUGUUAAAUCUGUCUAUGGGAAUAAUUCUCAAUAAGAUAGCUUGAGCAAGCAGAAAACAUCAGCUAAUAAAAUUCAGUCAAUAGUACAAAGGAAUUAGUAUUAAUAAAACAACUAUAAAACUGGAACUCUCGAUCUCUCAUCUAAUUUAAACACCAAUACUAAUCAUCUGUAGAACACAAUAAACUUUAAACCAGCUCAAAACAGAAUUCAUCAAUAAUUAUCUACUAAGAAAAAUAAUCCUCAGAGCUUGCAAAACUCAAUUAAUCAUACUUAAGUUUUGAACAAUAACUCAUCUAAUGGAAACGGAGUAGCCGUGAAUAAUAUGAGCUACUAUAACCAAAACAAUAUGAGCAUUGGCCUUAAUAACACCUAAAAUUCAAGUUUGCUAAUGGCUUUAGGACAUUAAUAACAAAUGUAGAAUAGCAGAAAACAUAAGGAUUCCGUCACGAGUGGCAGUGGAAAUAAUAUAAAUAGCAGUAGCUACAUGAUGCAAAAUAAUAAUCAUCUUCACCAUAAGUAAAAUCACAAUGUUUCAGGGAGCAGUUUUAAUGCUACUACAGUAGUAAAUAUUAAGGACAUAGAUAAGCGUUUACUUAAUCUUAUGAAAACUAUGGGUAACUGA